AAACAUGUACACAUGAAUUUUCCCUUUUUUAGAUUCUUGGUACAAUGGAUUACAUUAUGAUGGAUGUUUAUUACUCCAUAUGUGAUUUAGACAAUACAUCUCUCAACCUCACUCAAGGCUAGUGAGAAAUACAUAUGGAUAAACUAUAAAAUAGGGAGUAUUUAAUUAUGCAUAAACAUGGACCUAACUCUGUGGUUUAGUUCAGUACAAUCCAAAUGGAUAAGGAUUAUCUAUUAGAUUAUAUUUAAACCUACUGAAUAUUCAUAUUAGGAAGUCGAAACAGCUGUUCAAUUUCCAACCAAAUUGGACCAAUUGACUUGUAUCAAGAACAUCCAUUCCUCUCUAUCAAAUUACCAGAAAUACAACAUUGAAAGUUGAGUAACGUAACCUUCUCUUCAUCGUCUGGAUCGUUUAAAUAUUUCCGGGGCCUUUAUCCAAAUCGCUUUGUCUAAUCCAAUUACCGUUGAAAGUUUUUCGUGAUUUCCUCUUUCAGUUCGGUAGAAUUCAAAAUCUUCAUCCGCAUCAAAACAUUAAAACGCAAUCGAUUACUUAAAUCGGUUAAAUUCCUGUAAAAUCACCUGUUUGCCGCUCCAGUUUCUGAAUAAUACAGUUUCUUCUUCAUCGAUCCUUCGUUACAAUUCGAAAGCAGUGCUUCAAACAUAUAGAUCGAAAAUGUCAGGUACAGGGAAGGGCGGGAGCAGCACUUGUUCAGAAGACGAAGGGAGGAUCGAGGAAGAAAAGAGAAGGAAGAGAAUGAUUUCGAACCGGGAAGCCGCGAGGAGGUCAAGGAUGAAGAAGCAGAAGCUCGUGGCGGACGUGACGGCGGAAAUCGGCAGAUUAGAGGCGGCGAACAGUGAGAUUGCGGUUCAGAUAGAUGAGAUGAACGAAAGGUAUGCGGUUGUAGCUGGCCAGAACAGUGUUCUGAGAGCUCAGGAGUUGGAGUUGGGUGAAAGGCUGAAGUGUUUGAAUGAAGUGAUCAAUCAGACGAGCGAGAAUACGGAUAUGGAAGUGGGAAUUCGUGAUGAUAAUGGUGGUGAUGUUGCCAGCCGUUUGCUGAAGCGGCCAUGGCAGAUACGGUUCCCAAUUCUUCCCAUUCACGCGGCUUCUUCCGGUUUGUUCAAGUUUUGAAAUUGUUGUUUCAGAUCAUCACUCGUCACCCUGUUAUGAGCGAGCCUACACGGUUGAUAAACUUGAUUUAUAGCGUUUUAUCAGAGCAGCCAUUUGUUAUUAUGUGAAUGAUUAUUUUCAGGACAAUUUGAGUUUGCAUCUCAUUUUAUCGUCCAAAUUAGACUUUGUGUUCCGCACACAAUUCCAUUUGAAAAGAUAAAAAUGCCUCAGGAAUGUGUUUAAGACCAACAUAAAUGUUAAUGAAGAGCAUUUUUGUCUUUUCAUACAGGGUUGGGGAGCAAAUACAAAGGUUUUCAAAAACGAGGUGCAAGUGCUAAUUUGGACAACAAAAUGGGGUGCGAACUCAAAUUGCCCCUUAUUUUCAAAUAAUAAAUGCCUUUUAUUAUGGGGCCGAUUUUAAUCUUUUUUAGUUGCAACGUUUUCAUUUCAAGUUUAUCAGCACACAAUUUGAAAAAAUUUAAAAAGACAAAAUUUAAAAAGAUAUUCAAAAUUUGAAUUUUUAAUACAUUAAUAAAUAAAAUAUAGUUGAAAUAUAGCAUAUAAAUCAUACUACCCAAUCAGAUAGCAUUGAGGCAUGAGGAGAGAAUAUGAUUAUUAAGAAGAGGUAAUUUGAGUUUACACCUCAUUUAUUGUCCAAAUUAGACUUUGCAUCACGUUUUAAAAAAAAUUGUUUUUGCACCCUAACUUCAU